UAGAGCGGAUCCUCCUCCGAUUAUUCAAACAUCCUUGGUGAUCGCCGAAUCGGAAUUCCAGAUUUUCUCUAGUCUACACACUGCAAAGGGUCACAAGAGAAAUACAAACUGCACAAGACACGUAUCUUUUAAAAAGCAAGGAUACCGUUGCAGUAAAUAUAAAGACAUAAAAAGUCAAUGGCAGCGGGAUGGUUGGAUCAUGCCAUUGUUACACACAUUCUGGUGGCUUUGUUUGGAUUGGGUUCAUGGAUCUCAGUGAACUCAUUAUGGGUUGAGCUGCCAAUUGUUGUUGGUGUUCUACCUGAAGGGUGGAACCUGCCAGCGUAUCUUUCAGUCCUGAUUGCCUUUGGAAAUCUGGGCCCGGUGGCUGUCACUUUAACACACCACUUCGCCCCAGGACGGCUGAAUGAACGCGUGGUCAUCCACGCCAUACAAGUACUGGCCGUGAUUGCGUCUGUGUUUCUUGCUAUCUUCUGGUCCCAUUUGGCCACGGUUGCAGGAGAGUCGAGAUCUGUCCCAUUCCUGCUGCUUACGUUCAUACUGUCAUUUGUUUGCUGCACGUCCAACGUGACCUUCCUUCCGUUCAUGUACCGUUACCCCCCUCAAUACAUCCGGACGUUCUUCGUUGGCCAGGGUCUAAGCGCGCUCUUUCCCUGUGUGGUUGCUUUGGGGCAAGGCAUAGGUAAACUAGAAUGUGUCGAGACGCCCAACGGCACACAACCUGUGUAUCUCAAGGAGAACUUCCCUGCCCAAAACUUCUUCUGGUUUCUGACCAUGAUGCUGGCUGUUUCUGCCCUGUCUUUCCUUGCUCUGACAUACCGAGCGGUCACCCAGGCUGCGACAGAGGAAAUUCAUAAAAGAAAGCCGGAAACAGGUCAAACGGAAGAAGAAGAAACACACCCGUUACAAAACAGAGGUACACCAGUCUCAGAAGAACAGGUGGAAGUUGAAAAACAUACUCCUGCUGUGUCCUUCUGGACAUCACAGAAUAUCUAUCUCCUCCUGCUGCUGGGAAUCUCCAACGCACUGACCAAUGGCGUGCUGCCGUCCGUGCAGAGUUUUUCUUGUUUGCCUUAUGGCACCAUGACCUUUCACCUCUCUGUUGUCUUAGGCAACAUUGCAAACCCUGUGGCGUGCUUUGUGGCCAUGUUUGUCCUGCUUAGGUCCAGCGCUGGUCUUAGUGUGAUGUCACUAGGAGGUGGAGUUUGCGCUGCCUAUCUCAUGGCUCUGGCAGCACUCAGUCCUUGCCCACCACUUUUAGGAAGUCAGUCUGGAAUCGCUCUGGUGAUCCUCUCUUGGAUCAUCUUUACUGGCCUGUUCUCCUAUCUGAAGGUGGUAGUCGGGUCUCUGUUACAUGAAGCAGGACACGCAGCAUUGCUCUGGUGUGGAGUCUUCAUUCAGGCUGGUUCUCUUAUCGGAGCGCUUACGAUGUUCCCUCUAGUCAGCAUAUAUCAGGUUUUCCAGCAAGCGCAGGACUGCACAAAUAAAUGCCCUUAAUGUUAAAGCCCUUCGUCUUACAUUCACCCUAUGCCUUUAUAAUGCAAAAUCACUGACUGCCUGCACAGGACAUUUACAACUCGUGUCAACCUGUUGUUGUUUAGUUAAAGGAAUAGUUGGUCUCAAAAAUGGUCCCGAUUGACUUGACAAUAGAAAUGGGGAAAUAUUCAUUUAAUGCAACCAGAGAUGCACUCGAUUACACACACUGCAUAUUAUCUUUGUGUUAAUUCAGAAAAAAGACAGAGUUUGCACAUAAAAUACGAUAUUAUAUGUCCUUCAAUAUACUGUAUGCCAAUGAUUAUGCCCCUGAAUUGUUUACCAUCUAUGUGUAAUAUUUUACACAGUAUUUUUCUUUGCCAACUCAGUUCAGACAAUCAAUGUUAUUGUCUUAUGUAUUGCAAGUCGGGUAAGUUUGCAUUGAUCCUCAUUGCGUAUAAUCACAAGCAAAUUUAUUUAAAGGGAUAGUUCUCCCAAAAAUGUACUCACCCUCAAGUUGUUCCAAACCUGUAUGCAUUUCUUUGUUCUGCUGAAAACAAAGAAAGAUAUUUGGAAGAAUGUUAGCAAUUUUCAGUUCUGGAGCAUCAUUGACUACCAUAGUAAAAAAUUAAAAUGGUAGUCAAAGGUGCCCCAGAACUGUUUGCUUUCCUUAAUUCUUCAAAAUAUCUAAUUUUGUGUUUAACUGAACAAAGAUUAUUACAAUAUUUUUGUCUACUAUGGUAGUCCGAGAACUGAAAAUUGCUAACAUUCUUCCAAAUAUCUUUCUUUGCGUUCAUCAGAACAAAGAAAUGUAUACAGGUUUGGAACAACUUGAGGGUGAGUAAAUGAUGCCAGAUUUUUUUCCCUUUAAUGUUUUCUAUGAUACCCAGACAGGACAAUGUUCUAAGAUAUUGAUUUUUGCUAUAUAGACAACCAAGAAGAAAUUUAUAAUGUCACAUUCCAAAAAUAUUUUUUUUAUGUGUAAUGAAUGACAUGUUCCAUCUUUUAACUGCUGACACUAGUUUUGUUCUUACAUCUAGUAGUAGAUUUUGUUCUAACAUCUAGUAUUAGUGUUUCUUUUGUUCUAACAUCUAGUAUUAGUGUUGCGUACAUUUUAAAUUUACCAUCAGAAAUAUGUUUAAUAUGUAAUAUCUACUGUCUGUGGUGCUGCCGCGUGGACUUUAGAUGUGAGGCCAGUAUUUCGACUCAAAUCCUGUUAUCUUGCACUGCUUGUGACUAAUUUCUUUGAAAUAAUAAUUUUAAACUAGGUGUAAUAUUUGACAAUUAUUAAAAGUAUUCUUGGCACUAAUUGUAAAUUAUACCACGGGGCUGUUGAAUGCUUCAUUCUGAUUGGCUGACGAACGUUCGACGGGUGUGCAUUAUUUUUCAGUUAAACGCACACCUAUGAAGUAGUUCCAGAUUUGUCGACCGAAUUACAGUUCCAUAUCACUGCGCCCAGUUUAACUUAAAUGUAGCCUACUGUCCACCAGUGAAUACGUAUCUAACAACAGACAAAGUGACAGGCAAAUUCCAUUGUCUGAGAAGAAAUAACUAUUAUUUAUGGACAGCAUUUGAACAACAAUGGCGAGAGCACUGUACAGGACUGUUCAGACGAAAAACUAAAGCAUAUAUCAAAGGUAACGGCAAACUACAUGACACAAUCAUCGGGUUAAAGAUAAAACACGAAGCACAAACAUAACAAAAACAACAUGUUAAAUUCGUCUGUGGAAUGGGUAAACGGGACUUAAAACACACAGCAGGAAGCUUUCUAUGCUACUGCGAGAACCGCAGCUGGCGCAGAAACCUCCGUGUCACAUUUUUUCUCUUAAUACUUUUCUUAUACGACAGGGGUGUUAAAUACGACGAAAACAAAUCAAAUAUAGAUAUUUGUCUUUUCACUCUCAGUGAAGCAAACGCGUGUGCACGUGCACUGUGUCUUCCUCUCGCUCUCGGAAAACUGCAUAUGCAGCUCAAGCAACGCCUUCAGAUGAGAUGCGUAAGAAAUUAGUUCUACCAGCAAGAGCAUUCCGGGACAAAUACCAUACAAAUGUCUUGACAUAAAACAUCGUAACAACGUCUUGUGGUAUCGGAACAACGUCUUGUGGUGUUGUGACCGUGGUAUAAGCGGAAUAAUUGACUCCGGUCCUUUCAAUUAUCGAAAGUUAAUGCACACCCGAGGUGUAACGGCCGCUUCGCGUCGUGGCCGCAUUACCACCUCGGGGUGUGCAUUAACUUUCGAUAAUUGAACGGCCCGUCGUCAAUUAUUCCUUACGUAUAACAUCAGAAAAGACUCAAACUGAGCUCAGAGCUGAUAUAUUACACUACUGAAGCUUUCUGCCUCAUUUCAUACAAUAAUUUAUUGGACAGAAUAUGUCAUAUAUAUUGAUAUUGUGCAGUAAUAAUCUCUGGAUACUUGCUCUUCUAAAUGUGAAGGAUUUUUAUUCCAUGUCAUUAUAUGGCUUAAAUGUAUGGGAUCAUAAAGUUAAUUGUUCAUGGGACGUUGUUAGAAUGUGAUAGCAUUGUAAAUAAAUAAACUUGU